CCUCCUGCAUAUUUUUUAAGAAGAUUUCCUUUAUGACAGAUCAUAUAAUAUUUACAUUGUGAAUUUGAAGACUUGCCAUCUAGCAAUCCUUCGACCAUUAGGCUGCAAAACUAGGGAUUUUGGCAGGGCAAAAACUGCAUGGUACACUUAGUUCUGGCGGAUUUGAUAAGGUUGCGAACAAGUUGAAUUCAGUGUAUCAGCUCUUUAGUAGAACUGAAGUCUUGAUGUUUGAUGGCUGUUGUGCAGAGCUACCAGAGAUGGAUCUUGGUAAUUCUGUGAGGGGGAGAACAUAAUUUCACCACUUGCUAAUGCGAAGGGAGAGCAUAAUUUAAUGACUGACUUGAUAUUCGAGUUUGCCAGGCUACGAAAGUUUUGCUGCUCAUUUGGAUGGCAAUCAGUUUAUCUGUUUUGUCUCCAGGUGGGAAGGUUUGAACUUUGAAGAGAGGAUAAUGGAUGACCAAGUACUCAAGUAGGGGACAAUAGGAGCCUGUAAACUCCAACCUUGGGUUCUUCAGAUAUUGGAAUUGCCUCAUGUGGAUUUUGUUAUCAUUAAAAAGUUAUCAAUAACUUAUUUCUUUCCUCUUCUUUUCCCCUUCUGUUGUGAUCUGGCCAAGCACAGGUAGGAGGUUUCUCAUGAACAGGGUGAGCAAGCAUCCCGAUAGCCUUAUUUUAGUUGAUAAUUUAACUGAUGUGUGCGUACUAUUACCCAAAAUCAUAACUUGUGUCCAUCUUGAUCAGAAAAAUAAAUAGUCUAUUUGCUGAUCCAAAUUAAAAACUGUCCAUAGAAACUUUACUGCAUUGUUUGUUAUUUUUUAUUAUCAUUUCUGUCUUCAGUUUUUCAAUUUUUGAAGGACAGUUUUUUCAAUUUUGAAAAUGGGAUAAACAAAAGUAACAACCAAACUUGUGAAGUAAAAAGUGUUUCCAUGACAAUUGAAGUGAUGAAGCUUUGCUAGGAUUCUCUACGCUGCAUAUUUUGCAUCGUAAAAAAUGAUAAAAAGUUCUGAAUGACUGUCAUGUUAUUCGAUGGUAAGAUGGUACGGUUAUCUUAUUCGAUCGUAGAGAUGGAUGGCUGUCAAAUAGAGUGCGGUGCACAUUCGCAUUUACCUCUGAUAAUUGAAUGAUAUGGUGGCCUUCUAGGAUAUACGGCUCUCCAUCUUAUCUCUAGUUGUAUUCAUUCUUUAUUUAUACUUGGAAUUUUUCCAAGUCCCAAUCUUCAUAACAAUUCUUUUCCUUUUCCAAAUUCUAUAAUCACAUUACUUGCCUGUUACAACGUAUUACUGCCACUAAUUUGUUCUCUAUAGGAUUCUACGUGUCUUCCGUUAUUUCCUUGACCAACUGAAACGAAACGCUGGAAAAAAAAAUAAAUCCCAGACCAUGCUCUCUUUCUAUCAUCAAUGGUGUCUCCUUUCUUCCCUUCUCCGUCCGCCGGGCUGUCGUUCUCCGUCCGACCGGCGCCCCCGCCACCACCGGUGGCGCCGUCAUCUGGUCUGGCCUCCGAUCCGAACUCGUCGCCGGUUGGAUUACAUAGGGGGAAGUGGAGGACGAGGAAGAGCUCUUGGCGGAAAAGAAGGGAAUAGAAGAGGGGACGGGUGGUGAGGAAUCGAUCUCAUCGGAGGCUUCUCUCCUUUCUCGUCGCACCUCUGACGCCAUCCUGGAGAAGAUAAUAGCAGGACUCAUCUGGUGAAGGGUUAAGACAGCAUUAUCGGUUGGCUUGAGGUAAAGUGAGAUAUUUUGUAUAGGUGUCAUGGGUUCUAAUGUGGUGACACCCGAAGACGUACUUGAAUCACUAAUGAGUGAUGGCACAUUUGAUGCUCUUAGAAUGAAGAUUAUUAAUCAGCUAAAAACGAAUGAAGAAUUGAAGAAUAAUACAAUCGCAAUGGUGGAGCAAAGUAGGGUUCUUAAUAUCCCUGGUGCAGAGAAAAAGACAAAGCGGGAAUUGUUUGAUGCACUUCGGCAAGAACUUGAAAUGCCAGUGCUUGAGAAGGCUGCGAAAGCCGUUUGGGAGCUGAUUCUUGAUGACAGUGGCUUGGGGAAGGAGAUCAGUGAGACGGUAGAGAGAGUUUACUGGCAGCUGAGUGGCCGUGAUGUGCCACCACCACCUCUGCUUCCACCUCCAACCAGUGAUGCGCAGCAGCCACGGAAGGUGAAAGAAAACAAAGAGGGUGGGCAGAAGGUCAAGGAAAUAAUGUCUAAAUCAUCAUCGAGGAAGAGAGCCUUCUGUCAGAUGAGCAUGCAAAGAGAAGUUGUUACAGAAGGUUUCUAUAACCACCCUCCAGUUGUAUCAGAUGAUGGUGCGCUAUCAUCUAACAAUUCAAAUGCAUGAUGAAUUUGUAGUGUAGUUUAAUAUUUGUUCAUCAACUGAAUGCAGACUGUUUGUAGAAACUUGUAAUGGUGGUGAUAUAUUUUUCGUAGUUGAAUUCAUUACAGUUGUGACUACAUUCUAAUAUCAGGGAUUCAAGAACAAAGGUCAGGUUGCCCAGCUGAA